GAGCAUCAAUCUCUGUGAAUAAACUGCACCCCAAUCUCAGCUGGGUGUAACGUGUGAACAAGAGGCUGAGCUCAGAGCAGAGGAGCCAGGAAGAGGAGGGUGAAAGAGUCCAGCAGGACAUAGAUCAGGUUCCUUCUGCAGCCCUCCUCCACAUUCAGCCUCAGCAGACAUGCUGCCCAACUUUGCCGGCAACUGGAAGAUGAGGAGCAGUGAGAAUUUCGACGAACUUCUCAAAGUCCUGGGCGUGAACGCCAUGCUGAGGAAGGUUGCUGUGGCGGCAGCCUCUAACCCUCAAGUGGAAAUCCGCCAGGAAGGCGAGCAAUUCUAUAUUAAAACAUCCACCAGCGUGCGUACCACCGAGAUCAACUUCCGCAUUGGUGAAGAGUACAAUGAGGAGACCGUGGAUGGACGCAAGUGCAAGAGCCUGGCCACCUGGGAGUCAGAGAACAAGAUUCGCUGUCAGCAGACUCUACUGGAUGGUGAUGGUCCCAAGACCUACUGGACCAGGGAACUGAAUGGGGAUGAACUUAUACUGACAUUUGGGGCAGAUGACGUGGUGUGCACAAGGAUUUAUGUACGGGAGUGAAGCUCUGCAGCCUUCAUCAGGAUUAAACCCAUUUAAACCUGUCAUGCUAACCAGCUCACACAUUUACCAAGUAUUCAGUGUAAUCUUUCAGCAUUUGUUAUACUAGUUUCUCCACAUUCGAUAGCUAAGGCCCUGUUCAGACCUGUCACUUUCCAUCUGUCUUGAGUGAUUUGAUUGAUCGGCUCCUAUUAAAACCACUGACACCUGGCAGUUAAAUGCACCAAACCCCAAAACAUUUGUCAGUAAUCCUCUCUGUAAGCAGAUGCACACGUCCAUGUCACACAGUGGUGCUGUCAGAUCACCAACAAAGAGAAGGUUUGCUGAUCAUUCUGUAACAAUUGAGUGAGCCAUUUGAGUUGCAUUGUGUUACAGUUUUACUGUGAUUAUAUAGUGUUGUGAUUAAUUAGGUCAAGGCAACAUGAUACUGCUGAGACUGUAGUUGAUUUUAACUGCAGUAAGUCCAAAAACAAUUAAAAUAUGUGACCCACCCAUCAUAUCGAAAUGAGGUCAAAUUUGGUCAAAAUGACCUAAUUACAUUU